AUGGCAAACAUAGAAAACCAUACUGACGGGUCGGUCAAUGGACGUGCUUUAUGGAUAACACGCGCAGAAAUGAUGACGACUAUUUUCAAUCACGAAAAAGAGCGGUUCUGUCGAGCCAAAGGAAACGUGUUCGUGCUGAACCAGAAAGAACGAGAGAUCGGCACAUUUCACCUGCAGUACUCAUCAAAACGAGGCCAGUAUGAACGUGGAGACCGGAAUGAAGGAGUUAUCACACGUCUCGAUGGAUGGGAAGCAGGCACUUACUUGCACAGAAAUAUCGCCUACAAAAGUGCGACUAUGCCAGGCGAGUGGGAAAACGUCUCAUUUGUCGCAUGGAAAUUCGAUUUUGGUGCAUAUGUAAUCGACCGUGGUGAAAUCAAGUGCGCCCGCAACGACGCUGUACAAUGGCGACUCAGUACCCGCCGAGGUAAAGAUGACCCCAUAUGCAUGGAGUGGCCAGGUGGAUCACAGCAGCUAUCGGGUACACUUCAAGGAGCAUCGUAUUUGAUAUUGACAGCUAUUUUUCCCGACCAUGAUCCUAACACUGGCCCUCCAACACUUCUAUUGGACAAAAGCGAAACCUGCCACAUCUUUAAAUUGCAUGUUCAUCUCAAGAAAAGACGAUUCAAUAAUGCUGGCGAUGACCUUUCUGCUGCAGCAAUGAAGAAUGAUCUUGAAUUAAUGGAACGUCUUGUUGGAAACGAGUAUGACUCUCAUGCAUUGAACCAACUGAAUUCAGAAGGGGACACUGCCCUACACGUAGCCUUUCAAUGCCGUUCCAAUGAUGCUGGUAUGUACCUCAUGAAGAAAUGCCCUGAGCUUGAACAUAACCUUAACGUACGUGAAGAAAAACCACUGCAGUACGCCAAUCGACGGAUGCAACGCUUAGCCAAAUUUGGAUUUGUUGAUGCAGAGGCUCAACUGUUUGAAAAUGAAAAACUACCAGUUGGUUUUGAUCUCCAAAACGAUCGAGAUUUCACGGCAGAUGCAAUUGAUCAUGAAUUCUACGCCAAAGGUUUAGCUAACGCGUUAUAUAGUUCUCAACUGCAGACGCCUCUCACGAUAGGAAUAUUUGCUCCAUGGGGUUCUGGUAAAACAUUCUUACUGAAAAUGUUGACAAAUCGUCUAAAGAAAAUGAAUGAAGAAUAUCACAAACGUUCUGCUAAAAAGGACACCUUUUGGAGUAACUUGAUCUUAUUUCUACGUAUACUAUUUUACUACCCUCCAAGCCCUAUAUUGUUUGAGAAAACUGAUGUAGUUGACUUCGUCUACGUGGAUUUCAGAGCGUGGGAGUAUGCUGGAAGCGAUAAUUUGUGGGCAGGAAUAGUCACGAAAUUGGUAGCCAGGGUGGAAUUCCAUGCUGGAUACUGGAAAACACGAUUCUUUCGAAUCAUUGUAAAACCUUGGGAGAUUUUAACAGAAGCUAAAAGGGAAAAAGACCAAGAUUCUCCCAAAUUGCGGAAGACCCGAUUUUUCAGAUAUAUUUGGAUUCCCAAUUUUGUCUUGUUGGCCCUGUUCAUACUUUUGAUCAUUGCAGUUAUAGUCUCUACUAUCAAUAUUGCCACUGGGGCUAUAUCUUUCAAAAGACAAUCAACUACUAACUCGACUAGUGGCGAUGAAGACCAGGGACUUUGGGACUUUAUCAUCGGUAUGCAAGCUGCUCUUUCUACUGUUUUGGGUGGUGCGUUACUAGUCAAUGCUAAACAAGGAUGGAAUAUCGUCACUACAUUUAUGUACUCUCAAUCAGAUAAGAUUGAAAGCAUGGUCAACAGGCCUGAUAUGUCCUCUAAGUUAGGCUUCAUGGCUGACAUUAAAAGAGAAGUGAAGAUUGCAUCUGGCCUUAUUAAUUGGAUGUCCAACUAUAAAAAGCGUCCAAUUCGCAUUGUCAUCACGGUAGAUGAUUUAGAUCGAUGUCCGAAACAGAAAGCUGUACAGGUUGUUGAAGCCCUGAACAUUUUACUUUCUGACGAAUUUGCACCAUUCAUAUGUAUUUUUGCAGUUGACUCAAGAGUUAUUGUGGAAGCAAUAGAGGAAAGCCUCGGCAAGUUGUCGAAGAAUGCUUACCUGAGUGGGCACGAAUAUCUCAAGAAAAUGCUUCAACUACAGUUUUGUAUUCCGACUAUGACAAACAAAACAAAACGAAAGUUUCUACAGAAGCUAGAAGGAGAUGCCUCUACAAGGAUUGUAGAGCCCCAAGAUAAUAUUAAAACAUCAACUCAAACACAGCCAUCGAAGAAAGGGAGCAAAUGGACCAGAUUAGCAAGUAUCAAGGUUCGGGAUAGUGGCGGUAACAACUUUUUCGGUGUAAAGAAUGAUUGCAAUUCUGAAGAAGAAGAAGAGGGAGAGGAUGCAUACAUGAAAGAAUUGAUUGCAGUGUUUAAAACGAAGGAAAUGUUGGAUUAUGUGUCUGGUAACCCUAGAAACAUCAAGAGGCUCUUUAAUCAACUUUGCGUAACAGCAAAUUUAGUGAAAGUAUCCGGUGGUCCAAAGUUUCUUCCAAGAGAGAUGGUGAUGUGGACUAUUUUGUUAGACCAGUGGCCAUACAGAACAAUAUACAUGAUUCAUCAUAUUGAAGAUAAUUUACAAAGACAGGAGCUUGGGAUGACCUUUGAGGAUUCAAGUAUGAAAUUAAAACCAUCCUCCACUUUGAAAGAUGUCUACACGAGGGCGGUGAAAAAGAGGCUGAAGAGAGAUGAACUUGAUUGGAAAAUGAUGAUUACUCUUGAUGGAGAUCCAGAAUUGUUCCAGCGUUUUCUGGAAACGGAGAUGAAAGAGUUUAACGUUGCUGACGUGCAGCAAAUCAUCCCCUACUCAGUGCACCUAAACAGGUCUAUUGGUUUCUCUAUCGCCCAUGCAGAAGCUAUCGCAGACAUAGAAAAACGGUUUUGUCGAGCAAGAGGAAACGUGUUUGUGCUGAACCACAAGGAAAGAGACGUCGGCACAUUUCACCUGCAGUACUCAUCAAAACGAGGCCAGUAUGAACGUGGAGACCGGAAUGAAGGAGUUAUCACACGUCUCGAUGGAUGGGAAGCAGGCACUUACUUGCACAGAAAUAUCGUCUACAAAAGUGCGACUAUGCCAGACGAGUGGGAAAACGUCCCUCUUGUCGCAUGGAAGUUCGAUUUUGGUGCAUAUGAAAUCGACCGCGGUGAAAUCAAGUGCACCCGCAACGACGCCGUACAAUGGCGACUCAGUACCCGCCGAGGUGAAGAUGAUCGUAUAUGCAUGGAGUGGCCUGGUGGAUCACAGCAGCUAUCGGGUCCGUUACAAGGAGCAUCGUAUUUGAUAUUGACAGCUAUUUUUCCCAACCAUGAUCCUGACACCGGCCCUCCAACAUUUCUAUUGGACAAAAGCGACAUAUGUCACAUUUUUAAAUUACAUAUUCAUCUUAAGAAAAGACGAAUCGAUAAUGCUGCUGGUGACCUCUCCGCUGCAGCAAUGAAUAAUGAUCUCGAAUUAAUGGAACGUCUUGUUGAAAACGAAUACGACCCACAUACAUUGAACCAACUGAAUUCAGAAGGGGACACUGCCCUGCAUGUAGCCUUUCAAUGCCGUUCUAAUGAUGCUGGCAUGUACCUCAUAAAGAAAUGGCCUGAACUUGAACAUAACCUGAACGUACGUGAAGAAAAACCAAUGCAGUACGCAAACCGAAAGAUGCAACGCUUAGCCAAAUUCGGGUUUGAUGAUGCUGAAGCUCAACUAUUGGAAAAUGAAAAACUAUCGGUCGGAUUUGAUCUUCAAAACGAUCGAGAUUUCACGGCAGAUGCAAUUGAUCAUGAAUUCUACGCCAAAGGUUUAGCCAACGCGUUAUAUAGUUCUCAACUGCAGACGCCUCUCACUAUUGGAAUAUUUGCACCGUGGGGUUCUGGUAAAACAUUCUUACUGAAAAUGUUGACAAAUCGUCUACAGAAAAUGAACGAAGAAUAUCAAAAACGAUCAGUCCAGAAAGACACCUUCUGGAGUAGCUUGAUCUUAUUUUUACGUAUAAUAUGUUAUUACCCUCCAUGCCCGAUAUUGUUUGAUAAAACAGACAUAGUUGACUUUGUCUACGUGGAUUUCAAAGCUUGGGAGUAUGCUGGAAGCGAUAACCUGUGGGCAGGAAUCGUCACGAAAUUAGUAUCCAGUGUAGAAUUCCAUGCUGGAUACUGGAAAACACGAUUUUUUCGGAUCAUUAUUAAACCUUCGGAAAUUUCAACAGAAGCUAAAAGGGAAAAAGACCAGGAGCCACUCAAAAUGCGAAAGACCCAAUUUUUCAGUGAGACCAUACCUUUUCAAGACCGCUCAAACUCUACCAUUAGUGAUGAAAAAGACAGGAGAAUCUGGGACUUUAUUAUUGGUAUAUACGCUGUUUUUUCCAGUGUUUUGGGUGGGGUGAUACUAGCCAAUCCUAAUCAAGGAUGGACUGCAAUCACCACAUUUGCAUUUUCUCAAUCAGAUAAGAUUGAAUAUAUGGUGAAUAGGCCAGAUGAGUCCUCUAGGCUAAGCUUCAUGGCAGACAUUAAGCAAGAAGUGAAGGUUGCUACUGGUAUUAUAAAUUGGAUGUCCUACAAUAAAAAACGACCAAUACGAAUUGUCAUCACAGUGGACGAUUUAGAUCGAUGUUCGAAACAGAAAGCUGUACAGCUAAUUGAAGCACUAAAUAUAUUACUUUCAGAUGACUUUGCGCCAUUCAUAUGCAUCAUUGCAGUUGACCAGAGGUUUAUUGUUGAAGCAAUAGAAGAAAGCCCAGACAAGUUGUUGACAAAUGCUUACAUGACCGGACACGCCUAUCUCAAAAAACUGUUUCAACUACAGUUCUGCAUGCCAACUAUGACAAACAAAAUGAAACAAAAUUUCCUUCAGAAGAUAGAAGAAGAUGCCUCUACACGAGCUGUUGAGCCUCGUCACAAAUCCAAAGCAUCAACUCAACCAACAAGGAAAGAGUGCACAUGGACAACAUUAGUAAGUAGCCAAGUGAAAGAUAGUGGCGGUAACAAACUUUCUAAAAAUAAAAACACACAACAUUGUUCUCAAGAAGAAGAGGAUGCAUAUAUGAAGGAGUUAAUGUCAGUGUUUAAAACCAAGGAAAUGUUAGAUUAUGUGUUUGGUAACCCUAGAAACAUCAAGAGGCUCUUCAAUCAACUUUGCAUAACAGCAAAUUUGGUGAAAAUAUCCGGUGGUCCGAAGUUUCUUCCAAGAGAGAUGGUGAUGUGGACUAUUUUGGUAGAUCAGUGGCCAUACAGAUCAAUUUACAUGAUUCAUCACAUUGAAGAUAAUUUACAAAAACAGGAGCUUGGGAUGACCUUUGAGGAUUCAAGUAUGAAAUUAAAACCAUCAACACCUUUGAAAGAUAUUUACAGGAAUUCGGUGAAGAAGAGGCUCAAGAGAGAUGAACUCGACUGGAAGAUGUUGAUUACUCUUGAUGGAGAUCCAGAAUUGUUCCAGCGUGUUCUGGACACAGAGAUGAGAGGGUUUAACGUUGCUGACGUGCAGCGGAUCAUCCCUUACUCAGUACACCUGAACAGGUCUAUUGGUUUCUCUAUCGCCCAUGCAGAAGCUAUCGCAGACAUUGAAUAA